CCAUGGAUCCGCUGCAGAAAUGGGAUCCAAUGUCGAUUUCCAUGUCCUCCCGCAUGGCCACUGUGACAAGCUCCCAAGAGGCCUCAGCAGGCUCUCAGCCUUCCUCCUCAGAAAAGCUAAGUCUGGGCCUCAGUGGCUUGAGCCUCCGCCGUAGCUCUGGCUCUGUUGUCCCUGCUCCUCUGUCAGAGGGGCUGCUCCAGCAGCAGGCCCGUGAGAAGAAGGCCCUGUGGCAGCAGUACUGGGAAAAGCAGGGCUUCCCUCAGAGGAAGAAAGUCUUCCUGAGGCACUCAAGACGCUGGCACCGGGAUCACAUGGCACCUUACCUGCUUGAAAGGGCUGUCAAAGGCUCUCCCUCAAGCGAAAAAGCUCAGAAUCAGCUCCCAUGUCAGGUCCAUGUUCCAAAUGAUGCUGGGAUGAGUGGAGAGAGGAACACGGCCCCCAACCCUCACUCCUGGGAAACGCUGGUGCAGGGCCUCAAUGGCCUCACCCUCAGCCUGGGAGCCAACAGACCCAGCCCCCUGCCAGAGGGGACUGGGCAGCAGCUGGACCCAGAGCAGAUGCUCCCGGUGGACAGACAGCAGGAAAGCGUGAAGAUGUUCCAGAGGAUGCUCAAGUAG